GGCGGGCAGGCAGACGGACUCGCAGGCGGGUGGUGGCGGCCGUGCUUGCUAGUGAGGGCGGGCGGGAGUGACUCACUGAGCGUGUGUGAGGGAGGGAGCGAGCGAGCGAGCAGCCCGCGCCGUCCUUCCGCAGCACCAGCCAGGCCACGCCGCCACCUCUUCCCCUGCGCCCCGCGCCCAGGCCGGGCCGAGCCGGGUCGGGCCCGGGCCAUGCUGCUCACCGUGUACUGUGUGCGGAGGGACCUCUCCGAGGUGACCUUUUCCCUCCAGGUCGACGCCGACUUCGAGCUGCACAACUUCCGCGCGCUGUGCGAGCUCGAGUCUGGCAUCCCCGCAGCCGAGAGCCAGAUCGUCUAUGCUGAAAGACCUCUCACAGACAACCACAGAUCCUUGGCUUCUUAUGGCUUGAAAGAUGGGGACGUUGUGAUUUUACGACAGAAGGAGAAUGCAGACCCUCGACCUCCAGUGCAGUUCCCAAACUUACCCCGAAUAGAUUUCAGUAGUAUAGCUGUGCCUGGCACAUCAAGUCCCCAGCAGCGCCAGCCACCGGGAACACAGCAGUCCCACUCAUCUCCUGGAGAAAUAACUUCAUCUCCUCAGGGCUUGGACAAUCCAGCCUUGCUCCGAGGUAUGUUGCUGGCCAACCCGCAUGAGCUGUCCUUGCUGAAGGAACGCAAUCCACCCCUGGCAGAAGCUCUGCUCAGUGGAGACCUUGAGAAAUUCUCUAGAGUCCUGGUGGAGCAGCAGCAGGACCGAGCCCGGAGAGAGCAAGAAAGGAUUCGUCUGUUUUCUGCUGAUCCCUUUGAUCUUGAAGCUCAGGCAAAGAUAGAAGAAGAUAUAAGGCAACAGAACAUUGAGGAAAACAUGACAAUAGCUAUGGAAGAGGCUCCGGAAAGUUUUGGCCAAGUAGUGAUGCUUUAUAUUAACUGCAAAGUGAAUGGACAUCCUGUGAAAGCCUUUGUUGACUCAGGUGCCCAGAUGACUAUUAUGAGCCAAGCUUGUGCAGAAAGGUGUAAUAUAAUGAGACUGGUGGACCGUCGGUGGGCAGGGAUUGCCAAAGGAGUGGGCACCCAGAAGAUUAUUGGAAGGGUACAUCUAGCUCAGGUUCAGAUUGAAGGAGAUUUUUUGCCAUGUUCCUUCUCUAUACUUGAGGAACAGCCCAUGGACAUGCUUCUGGGACUGGACAUGCUUAAACGGCAUCAGUGUUCCAUUGACCUGAAGAAAAAUGUACUCGUGAUCGGCACCACAGGCUCCCAGACCACCUUUCUUCCUGAGGGAGAGCUACCAGAAUGCGCCCGGUUGGCAUAUGGGGCCGGAAGAGAGGAUGUACGGCCAGAGGAGAUUGCAGACCAAGAAUUAGCAGAAGCCCUUCAAAAAUCAGCAGAGGAUGCAGAGAAAAGCGGUAAAGAAUCUACCUCACUGGGAAUGUCAUCAUUACCAACUUCAGAUGGGUUUAACCAUCCAGCCCAUUCUUUAGGACAGAGUCCUGAUACUGGUAAUCCUUUGAGUCUUGCUCACUCUGUCUCUGCUUCAGUCUGCCCUAUCAAGCCCAGUGACCCAGAUAGCAUUGAACCUAAAGCUGUGAAGGCUUUGAAGGCUUCAGCUGAAUUCCAGAUAAACUCUAAAAAGAAAGAACAUCUUUCUUUACAAGAUCUUUCCGAUCAUGCUUCCUCAGCAGACCAUGCUCCAACAGACCAGAGUCCAGCUAUACCUAUGCAGAAUUCACCCGAAGAAACAACUGUUGCAGGUAAUCUGGAGGAAUCUGCUGAAAGAAGCACCCAGGGCCUCAAAUGUCAUCUCCACACAAGACAGGAAGCUAGUUUAUCUGUCACAUCUACUAGGAUGCGUGAACCACAGAUGUUUCUAGGUGAAAAGGAUUGGCAUCCAGAAAAUCAUAACCUGAGUCAAGUGAGUGACUCUCAGCAGCACGAACAACCAGGGAAUGAACAGUAUGAGGUUGCACAACAAAAAGCUUCACAUGACCGAGAAUAUCUUUGUAACAUAGGGGACCUUGAGCUUCCUGAAGAAAGGCAACAGAAUCAACACAAAAUUGUUGAUUUGGAAGCUACGAUGAAAGGAAAUGGGCUCCCACAGAAUGUGGAUCUUCCAAGUACGAAGAAAAGUAUUCCACCUUCAGGAUGCAGUGGCUGCUCAAAUUCAGAAACACUUAUGGAAAUAGAUACAGCUGAACAGUCCCUAGUUACUGUGCUUAAUUCAACAGGCAGGCAGAAUGCCAAUGUCAAGAACAUUGGUGCCUUGGAUCUCACUUUAGAUAAUCCCUUGAUGGAAGUAGAAACAUCAAAAUGUAACCCUUCAUCUGAAAUUUUGAAUGAUUCCAUUUCCACUCAGGAUUUACAGCCCCCAGAAACUAGUGUUGAAAUAUCUGGAACAAAUAAAGAAUAUAGCCAUUGCUCCUCCUCUUCAAGUUUCUGUGGCAGUUGUCAGCCCUCUGUGGAGUCAGCAGAAGAAUCUUGUUCAUCUAUAACGGCCGCCUUGAAAGAACUUCAUGAACUUUUGGUUGUUAGCAGUAAACCAGCUUCAGAAAAUACAUCUGAAGAAGUAAUCUGUCAAUCAGAAACCAUAGCUGAGGGCCAAACCAGUAUUAAAGACCUUUCUGAAAGAUGGACCCGAAACGAGCAUCUUACCAGGAAUGAACAGUGUCCACAAGUCUCCUUUCAUCAGGCCGUAUCUGUAUCAAUGAAGACAGAAAAAUCAACAGUUACUUCAUCUGACACUGGAAUAGAAGCUGUAGAAAGUGGAAACUUCAGGAGUCUAGGUGAUGGUCUGUCAACUGAUGAGGAAGGUGUCCCCAAAUCGAGGGAAUCCAUAAACAAGAACAGUUCUGUAACUGUAACCUCAGCUAAAACAUCUAAUCAGUUACACUGCACCUUAGGUGUAGAAAUUUCACCCAAACUUUUAGCAGGUGAGGAGGAUGCACUCAAUCAGACUUCUGAGCAAACUAAGUCUUUGUCAUCCAAUUUCAUAUUGGUUAAAGACUUAGGUCAGGGCAUACAGAAUUCAAUAACAGACAGGCCUGAAACCACAGAAAAUGUCUGUCCUGAAGCUUCGAGGCUGUUACUUGAAUAUGAACCACCUACCAGCCAUCCAUCAUCAAGUCCUGCCAUUCUUCCACCAUUGAUUUUUCCUGCCGCAGAUAUUGACCGGAUUCUCCGUGCUGGCUUUACUUUGCAGGAAGCUCUUGGAGCUUUGCAUCGAGUUGGUGGGAAUGCAGACCUUGCACUUCUUGUUUUGCUCGCAAAAAACAUCGUAGUUCCUACAUGACUAUGGGAAAGUGGGCUAGACUGUUCUCCAUUCCCUUUAAACAAAAGAAAGCUCUCUCUCUAUACACACACACAUACACACUCACCACAUAUACAGUAUAUGUAGAAACCUGCAAGCAGAAUGUUGAGCCAGAUUUUUUUUAAAGAUUUUUUUCGGCCAAAGUAAUUUAUGAUCUCUUGUCUCAUGAAUUUGUCUAUCCUACUUGUUAAAAUUUAGGCCUUUUUACAUGUAUUGGCAGUAUGUGCAUACAAAAGCUUUUUAUUCUCAUUAAGAUGUAUCCUGGAAUAAAAUGGAUGGUUUUGUGU